UUGAAACAUGGCUGAUAUGCUAUGAUACUGUGCGUAUAUAUUGAAACAUCAAGAUUUGAAGUGCUCAUUUGAGGAAGUACCAGCAGAGAGAAUAUUUUCAAACGCGAAUAUGGCGCCAUUCAAGUUCCACUUCUCAAAAAUGUCAAAAUCACGGAGUAAGGAGAGUAGAAAUAGUACUGAUAGUGAAGAGCCCACAUGCCUCAUUCAAACAACAUCGCGAAGCACACCUGAAACACCGGCAAUUGAGAAUAUACCAGGGAUUCCCGAAGAUUCAUCAACUGUAUUUUGCAGCUCACUUCCACCUUCGUAUGAAUAUGUUCUGGAAGAGGCACGAAUGAGACAGACAGGAGAAAAUGACGAUGAGCAGUCGGACAGCUCAAGCGACAAAGAAACCAAUUACAAAGUUGAGAAAGAAGGUUCGAGUGCUCGAAAUAGUAUUCAAACUCCUGGUCCAGAGAUAUCCCACAAAUCAAGUAAGGAAUUGUACAAAGCUGUCGCUAAGCAAUGUGGAAUCACUUGCAAAAUGAGCGAUCAUUGCCGAUGCCUCGAUUGCCAGGGUCGUUAUUUUGAUUGUGAAUUCGAGAAGGAUGAGCAGGCAAAGACUGAUGGUGGUUUGAGUGCUAGCACGCCGAUGUUCCUCUCCGAAAUAAUACAUGGAUCAGGUUGUGUACUGCUGUAAAUGCGGAUUACUUCGCUGGAUAAAACGAUGACGCGGGGGAUUACUUGCUGAAUAGUUAAUCGAUACACGGAAUAAGUAUAUAGCGCUGUUAAAUUUUACAAGGAACCCUUUUACAUUCUUGUAAGUUACUGGAAAUACACUUUAGGUGGGUCUAUUUUUUCACCUUGACACUAGAAUAAUUGUCGAUAAAUUUACAUUCUUUAUUUUCCUGGAAUUUCUACUGAAUAUGCUUUUAUCUUCGUUGAGCUCAAUAAUUCGAGGUUGAAGAGGUACAUCCAGAGGAAAAAAUCUAUUCCACGAAGAUUUCGUUGGUGACACACUUAAUUUUCUUAGAAUCUCUAAAAAUAUCUAGAAAAAUUAUUCCAUCAUUGGUUAUUGAAAUUAUUUCAUAAAAUCGACAGAGGAGGGAAAAAUUGAGGGUCCAAAGUGUUUCGUAGACUCGGAAAUGAUUAAUUCAUUAACGCCGUGAUAUAUUUUUUUUGUAUGAAAACGAAAUUGUUUGUCAGACGAUUUUUAUUGUUAACGAGAUAAUAUUUUUGAGGAGUUAUUUUUUUUAAUGGACAAUUUUUCCUCUCAGUGAAAAAUACACUCGGAUUAUUCGGCAGUGAAUUUUUGGAUAUUUUCGGGUGUCUCUUGGAUAUUGAGGAAAAAGGGGCAAUUUAAAUUAUUAAAAUCAAAACAUACGGAGUGAUUUUUAUACCUGAUACGUUAGAGACUAAUCAAUGUUGCCUCUGUCCACAAAUAUACCACAGCACAAAAAUACUCAGAUAGUGAGACAAAUCAUUUACCGACUGAAACAAUUCUCUUCACCGCCGAUUUUUUUAUAUGAAACUUUAUACUAAAUGAAUGAAAGUCCUCAAAAUGACAAAUUUAUAUAGAUAAUUUAUUAUUGUAACAGAAUAUCUUAUAAUUUUUUUAAAAAAUCUUUGACAUAAUUCGAUGACGUUAAAGAUGUUAAUCGUUGGGUUCCAAAUUAUAAAUGUCUAUUAUAAAGUUGAAUGUAUUACUUAUCGCAAGACGAUAUAAAUUACGACAAGUGGGUGUACUUAAUUUAAUUGAAUAUCAUCUAGACUAGAUAAUAAACAUUUGACUCAAAUUUCUAUCUCAAUAGUCAAUAGAUUCCUGAGUAGUUUGAAAAGACGAGUGCGAAAUAAAAAUGUGAUAAUUCAUAAAUAGUGAUAUCAAGGUGAUUAAUUUAUUUCAUUUGUCUCGAUACCACUAUUGAUGACAGUUACGACACGAAUGAAACAUGAAAAAAAUGUUAGACUGAUUUAGAUAAGGAUAUCGUAAUUUUUCCAUGCAAAAGAAAUAUCCUAUAUUUGAAACAGAUCAAGUUCCAUUUGUGAUUCUGUAAUAAUUGUAAAAAUAUUGUGUACUAUAGAACUGAGUGGCGAGUCACGUUAAUGAAGAGUGAAUAUGCGGGCAAUUUGAUCGAAUUCAUCCAAUAUUUUAAAUAAGGAUUUGAUGGAAUGGCCCAUUGAGAUGAACCGGCCUCAUCAACAAUCUUUAAAAUGUCAAACAAUUGAAUGUGUAUUUUAUGUCAAUAAAAAUAAAUCCUGUAUGUGCUGAAAAUUGCACGAAUCAAGUCCCUACCUAGAAGGAAAAAUACAAAAAAUAUAAAUUAAUGUUAUUUA